UCGUUAGAACACCGAGUCAGCUCAGACCCCGAAGCCCGCAUUUCGUUGCCGAAGCUUAGCGCAUCCCACGCUGAGAUGUCUGAAGAAGACGUCGCCCAAUUCCUUCCCCGACACGGACGCAUGGCUGACAAUUAGGGCCGGAAGAUCCAUCGGACGAGGCGAGGCGAGGCGGGAGCAUGACGGGCGAGCCACCCGAUGAGGAUGGGCUCAAUAGUGCGGACGGCACAGGUGACGGCGAUCCGCGCCGUGUCCCCGAUCCGCCGAGCUACAGGGGGAAGUCUUGUAAGGGCUGCCUCUAUUAUUCCUCGCGCCUAAAGUCCGACGGCCACAAUCCCGUCUGCGUUGGCAUCGGUCGGACUCUUCCACAAGUACCUAACUCCAUCAUUGGUGAUUCUGAAACGGAAGCUACAAAAGAUGGUCGUAGCCUGUCAGAUUUCAAGUAUGCUUGUGUUGGUUAUUCACUUUUCCUAGAUAAGAAAGAUAAUACUGCUGAAAAGCCAGAGAACCAAGCAGAAUUGCCAUUUUGUGUGGGCAUAGAGAUAUUGGCGGACAGAAGAACUUCAACUGCUGGUCAUAUUCCUGCAAAUGUUAACAAGGAAGUAGAUGCUACACUACAUUCUCAGCCACACGCACACCGACCAGCUCAGCAUUCAGUGGAUGAAUUCUUCGACAGGUUUAGAAAGAAUGCUGGGGUGGUGGCCUCAGGUGUAGCUAGGAACCUGAACAAAGUGGGCAACUACAUAGGAAAACAUUGAUGACAUUUUGUAUCCUUAUCGCAAGCCACCCAAGUAAAACCUUUUGUUGACUAACAACGCAGAUGCCAAUUGUUUGAACUUUGUUUCUUUCCAUUCCAUGUUCAAUAAGCUCAAUUCUACCUGGAUGCUGCAUAUGAGUUUGGCCAUUGCUGGUAGUAACCACAAGGCCAAUGUAAGCAGCGCUGGAGCACUUGCACUCGAGUUCAAAGUUUCGUCAUCUGUUGCAUGUAUUUUACUUUUCUAGUGAUAACAUGUAAAGUUUAUCCAUUGAAACUUCUUUAUAAUAUGGACUUUAUUAA